CGGUGCUCCCUGCGAAGUGCGAAGAAAGAGAUAUCUCGCCCUCCACUGCCGGUCAUUUCUUGAGGGAAAUCGAACCUUUUUUCGCAUUUCAAAUUUAAUUUGCAAGUUUUGAUUCUGGGAUUUAGAGUUUCACGCCGAUCAUAAUUGUCAUUGCGGUUGAAUUUAGUGCGGAUGUUCUUCGCAGAAUCUCUAGCGUUUUCCGUUGGACAUUCUGUUCGUUAAGCUUGGACUCCUUGCGCAGUGAGAGGUCAAUUUAUUUGGGGAAGAAUAUGGUAUACCAUUCGAGUUUUGUUGAUGAGGAAGGUAUUACAAAGGCUUGUGGAUGCCCUCUACUUCCUCUAAAAAGCCAUAUAAAGGGUCCUGCUCCAGUUUCAGAUCAAGACACAACCGAUAUUGUUGAUGAAGCUAUUACAUUCUUUCGUGCCAAUGUAUUCUUCAGAAACUUUGAUAUCCAGAGUGCAGCUGACAAGCUUCUCAUCUAUCUCACAUUUUACAUCAAUGUAGCAUUGAAGAGGAUAGAAGGCUGCAGAACUUUGGCUGAAGGAACAAAAGCUGUCAUCAACUUGGGUCUUGAGAAGGUCCCUGUUCCUGGAGAGCCAGGUUUUCCCUUUGGGGGCCUGUUUGCACCUCCUGAGUCUCUUCAAGAAGCAGAUCUGUUCAGGAAUUAUCUGAAGCAGAUAAGGGAAGAAACCAGUGGAAGACUACUGAGUGUUGCAUACAGACCUAAUGGAACUCCAAAUAAAUGGUGGUUAGCAUUUGCAAAGAGAAAAUUUAUGAAUGUUGUUACUCUGUAACAUAAAUUUCUGCAUGCCCCUUUUUGGGGUCCCACAAAAGCUCCAUUAAACAUGUGGUUACGUUUAUGGUCAAUUUUUGUAAUUUCACGUAGAAAAUUAAAUCAACAAUUGAAAUUUAUUGUGAGGAAAUUUGAAAGGAUAUUGUACUUUGGACCAUUUUUAUGAGUUAAUAAAAUCCUCUUUGUCAA